AUGACGUCACACCCGUGUGAUUUUAAAGCUACCAUUAUGGUUCUAAGUAUUUUUUUAGGGCAAAAAAGCAACAAUGCAAACGACCCUGACUACAUUCCAUCGAUUUUCCCUCACAAGCAGAGACCAGCUAGCUUAUUUACUCCUAAACGAAAGUUAUCAGGAUUUGAUCGACAUCAAAGGAGGCAAAGAAAAUUGGCCUUGAAAGUGUCUACAGAAACAACGAAAUUAAAAUUAACAACACCUGAAAAUGAUACAAAUUCUCCAGAUGUUCAGGUGCCUACCCCAGCAAGCUCACCACCAUUAUCAUUGAUGUCUCCAAUUAACUUGACUGAAAGGGAAAGUAUUUACAAGGAAAUGGACAACUUAAGGAUGGAGAGAAAUAGUCUUCAGAUCAAAUUGAAUGCCUCUCUUUCAUCAAAUCAAAAUCCAUUUAGCAUGCAACAUCUCAUGCAACACACCGAAAAAAGUGUCAUGUUGACUGGUUUAACUUAUCCAGUUUUACUCGUUCUGAUCAAAUAUGUGACCCGUAUUUGCACAAGUGACAAACUUAAACCUACGAAAUUGUCGUUAGAAGAUCAAAUUUUGUUGACAUUAGUUAAGUUGAAACAUAAUAUGAGUUUUGACCUUCUUUCUCAUGUGUCUGGUAUUAGCAAAACAACUGCUAUAGAGUACUUUUGGAAAUGGUUGGACGUUAUGUAUAUCUGGCUGAAGUUUUUUGUUAAAAUGAGUGACAGAGAUAACAUAUUUAAAAUGAUUCCUCCGGUUUUUUAAAAAAAAUAUCCUCGAUUGACAUCAAUAAUUGAUUGUUUUGAAAUUUUUAUUGAGGCACCGACAUCUCUACUUGCAAGAGCCCAAUGUUACAGCACUUACAAGAAACAUUGUACUAUAAAAGUCAUGAUUUCAUGUACACCUCUGGGAACUAUUGCGUUGCUGGGGAGAAAGAGCAUCAGACAUCCAAAUUGUCAGGGACUCACAAUUUUUCUCUUCGAGGUACCACCUUCCUGGGGAUCAGAUAUUGGCAGACAGAGGUUUUACCUUGGUAGACGACUUUGCUGCUGGCUCUGGAUCUGAAUUAAUCAUUCCUGCCUUUACAAGGGGUAAAAAUCAGCUCUCUGCUCAAGAAGUUGAAAACACAAGGAAAAUAGCAUCUGUUAGAAUUCAUAUUGAACGUGUCAUAGGAUUGCUAAAAAACAGAUACACUAUUUUAAAAGGUAUAAUGCCUAUACAAACAGUUAAGAAGAUCUCAGAUGAAAACUUAAACGACACACUAGCCAGUUGUGAUAAAAUAGUAACUGUUUGUUCAGCACUAGUAAAUAUGAAUAAAAGCAUUGUACAAAAACCAGAGGUUUAAUGUUGAAAAAUGUAUAUUAUAAAAUAUAUACAAAAAUAAAAAUAUA